AACCUGGACGGCACCGUCACCCGGUACCGCACCACCAUCCACAACAUGCAGUUCCCCGUCCCGUUGGCCGUGUACAACUCUCGUCCCGUCUGGGCGCUCAUCUACGUCAUCGAGGUGUACGUGUGCAUCGUCAACGUGUUCAUAUGGUCGCAGUUCGACUGCUACCUAGUUACCAUGUGUUUCGUGCUCAAUGCUCAGUUCCACACAAUGUCGGCCGGUUAUGGUAAGCUCGGCAGUGGUCGCGCCGAGUCAACGUCAUCGGACAUCACGUCCCGCACAGAUGUUCGUCGGAUCAAAUUUGAUGAUGUGGAAUCAAAUCACUACGAUGAUUUGAUCAGUCACAUACAGGAUAAUCAAAAAUUGAUCAAGAAGUUUGACGUAUUUUUUGAAGUCGUCCGACCCGUUGUCUUAGUCCAGAUCGCYAACGGUUCAUAUUCAGUGAUAUCGUUAAUAUUCCUCACCGCACUGAUGUAUCUCAUGGGUGUUCCAAUUUUAUCAGCACCGUUCUUAAAAUUCGUUUGUGGAUUGAUAUCACUUACUAUUGAACUCUUUAUUUUUUGUUAUGGAUUCAACCAUAUUGAAACUGCGAAAUCUGUUGUGAAUCUUGGGUUGUAUAAUAGCAAUUGGACUGAAAUGGAUUUGUCAUUUAAAAAAACUAUGUUGUUGGCUAUGAAGAUGAAUACCUCACAUAAACGAGCGAUGAAAGUUUCACCUAAUUCCGCCGUCGGCCUGGAAAUGUUUGCUAGGGUAAUGAAUAUGUCAUACUCAAUAGUUUCCGUAUUACUAAAUUCAAGAUCUUAAAAAACUUAGUAAAGAACACAAAUUAUCAAACAAUGAAUUGAAUAUUAUAUUUAUAUUUAUUGGUUCAAUUAAAAAUUAAGAAACUUAA